AAAGGACAUUAAAAAAGGGGGGAAAAGGAGAUUAAGAAAAAAACUCUGUAAUAAGUCAAUAACUGUUGAUGAAAUGGUCACUCACUCAACUCUCACACUAGCAAAAAUGUCUGCAACAACUUUGUCUUCUCCGCCCUCGUCUCUCUCCGCUCCUCUUCAGGGGUUAGGAUCCAAGCUCCCUCUUCGUUCUACUUUCACCUUCAACAUUCGGCGAUCAUCAUUUCCUCAACUUCGCGCUUCUGCUAACAAUCUCCCUUCUUCUCUUGAUUCCGGUUCAAGUACUGAACUUGAUGCUGUUUCGAGCUUUAGUGCGAUUGUUCCCGAUACCGUCAUUUUCGAUGAUUUCCAAAGGUUUCCUCCAACUGCUGCUACUGUCAGUUCAUCGCUUUUGCUAGGUAUUUUGAGUCUUCCUGAUACUAUAUUCAAGAGUGCGGUUGAUACUGCCUUGGCAGACUCUGAUUGUGCUAGUAUUGGCAAAUCUGAUGCUAGAUUAUCAUGUUUCUAUGACAAGGCCCUAGUGAACUGUGGUGCUGAUUUGGCUAAGCUAGUACCUGGUAGGGUGUCGACAGAAGUGGAUUCCCGGCUAGCUUACGACACUCACGGGAUAAUUCACAAGGUGCACGACCUUUUAAAGCUAUACAAUGAUAUUGAGGUCCCUGCGGAGCGUUUGCUGUUUAAGAUUCCUUCAACAUGGCAGGGAAUAGAGGCUGCAAGGGUGCUGGAAUCUGAGGGCAUACAAACCCACUUGACAUUUGUUUAUAGCUUUGCCCAAGCUUCUGCAGCAGCUCAAGCAGGAGCAUCUGUCAUUCAGAUUUUUGUUGGUCGGAUAAGGGAUUGGGCACGUAAUCAUUCUGGUGACUCUGAGAUUGAGACUGCUCUUAAAAGAGGGGAAGAUCCUGGGUUAGCAUUGGUGACAAAAGCAUACAAUUAUAUUCAUAAAUAUGGUCACAAAUCAAAGCUGAUGGCUGCAGCAGUUCGCAACAAGCAGGACCUCUAUAGUCUUCUUGGGGUUGAUUACAUUAUAGCACCUCUUAAGGUACUGGAGUCUCUAAAAGACUCCGUAACCACUCCUGAUGAGAAGUAUGCUUUCACGAGGAGGCUGUCCCCACAAUCUGCUGCUACCUAUGAGUUCAGCAAAGAAGAGCUUGUAAAGUGGGACCAAAGAAGCUUGACAUCAGCAAUGGGGCCUUGUGCAGUGGAGCUUCUAACUGCUGGGAUUGAUGGUUAUUCUAAUCAAGCAAACCGAGUUGAGGAUUUAUUUGGGAAGAUUUGGCCACCCCCGAAUGUAUGAACAGCUCGACGUGUUGACCGGUUUUCAUUUCCAAAGGAGUAAAAAUGAUGCAUCCACAUACUACUUGAGUGAGCUACCCUUCUGACCUCUGGAAACAAAUACAGCCUUCCUUUCAUUUCCUCUAUUGGCCGAGAGAUGGUAUGCAAUCUAGAAUAACAAAUUGUAUCCUUUCUAGACCUAUUAUAAUAGACUUGUCAAAUAUUAUCCAGGAGACUUCUUUUCCUUUCUUUGUGCUUUGGGUUGGGAUGUCAUUUUACACAUACAAGGAUUAUUCAAUACUCUGUAUACAUUGUUUUCAAGGAAGUGUUUCCGUUAUUCAAGGAACGAGUUCUAUCAA